CUUGUAAAGUUGAAUUAGUUGAAAAUAAAUCGUCAAAAAAAAUGAAAUUAAAUAGUAGAUACUGUAUACUUUGCUGCCAUGAACAAAAUGGUUCAUAAUUUGUAAAUAAUAAUGUUAAUAUUUCAAUAAUAUAUCAAAACGUAGUGAUAACGCGUCAACUAAUUUAUUUUUUAUUUUUUUGACUCCAUUUAUUCAUUAUUUAUUAUAUAUUUAUUAUAUUUGUUUAAAAUUCGACCAUUACUUAUAGAUCUAUUUUGAAAAUGGAUGAUAUAUUUGUAUUAUCUAGGACGGUGUCUAAAGGUGUUAUGGACAGUUUUAAAGGUGUCACUGUAUUGUUUGUUCAAAACAAACGACCAAAGAAAGUUGGCAGACCAGUAAACUCACCAAAAGAUCAAAAAAUGUUACAACGAAUAAUUCAAUGUUGUACAUUAAAUGGUGGCAUAUUUUGUUUAAGUAUAGUUAUUUUUGAAUAUGUUAUUCUACCUUCUCUAGGUUCUAUAAUGUCAAUUAUAUUUGGGCAUUUUAAUGAAAAUAUUUGGUUAUGGACCCGAUCGCUAUUAUCAUGGACAUUUGGAGCUGUAUGGGUCUUACCAAUAUUUUUGUUAAGCAAAAUAAUAAACAGCCUAUGGUUUCAAGACAUUGCAGACAUAGCAUAUAAACAAAAAAAAGGUGAUCCACAACAGUUGACACGUAUCAGUAAAGUGAUUGCAGACUUUUCGUUCAGUAUAGUUGUUCAAUUCUUAUUUCUGAUUCAAAGUUACUUAGUAAGUAUGGUGCCAUCAACAAUUCUUAGCAAUAUUCUCAGUAUUUUGCAUUUAUCAUUACUGUAUUCACUUUACUCGUUUGAAUAUAAAUGGUGCAAUAUGGGUAUGGAGCUAAACUCAAGGUUAUCCAUUAUUGAAAACUGUUGGCCAUAUUUCCUUGGAUUUGGGCUACCACUAGCAGUUGUCACAUCUUUGCCAGAAUCAUAUAUUAUUAGUGGUUGUCUAUUUUCUAUUCUAUUUCCUGUGUUUAUCAUCAGUGCAAAUGAAGUUAGUCCAUCUAAGAUUAAAGUAUUUAGAUUGAAACUAUUUGCACCGGUUCUAUCUAUAACUAGUACCAUAUUCAAUCGCUCCAUUGGCCCAGCUAUAAAAUCUUCAAUAAGUACUGUACCUAAAGCUCAAAAACUGCAUAAAUGAAGAAACAUAGUGAUGUCUUAACAUAUUAUAUAUAUAUAUAUUUUUAAUACCUUUUAAUUUACAAUUUGAGUGGAAAUUGAUGCUUUUUUACAUUUGAGGCUGUGUCACUAAAAAUAUACUGAAAUAUAUUUAUAGUUAAUAUGUUUACUUUAAUGUUCUGGGGAAUAAAUUUGUGCUUUUUAUUUGUGAAUAAAUGUACUUAAAAUUCAAGUUAACAAAUUGAAUUGUAUAAGAAUUGUAACUAACAGACUUUAAUAACAUUAUAAUAUAUAUAAUAUUUUAUUUACAUGUACGAAUAUUAAAUUAAAAUAAACAUUUAUAUAUUAUAUAAUAUGUCUAUAGUAUAUAUUAUUAUUUUUUUAAUAAGAAUAUAUUUUACAGA